GUCAAAACUACACAACUUGCUUUAUAUUGCACAAGAUUAAUUAAUUUUUUUGAAAACAGCUUUAAUACAGUAUUUUAUUCUUAUCACAACCAAAGUAACAUUACACAAAACAACAUGUCGUGUCCAUGGGCCAAAAUUGAGAAACCAGAACCAGUAAAUCUGGAAGAAAUAAUGUCUGAAGAAGUCGCCAGAGAACUCCAAGCCAAAGAAGACAAAAAACUUAAUCGAGAAGUUAACGAACAGUUAGAAAAUGCUGAACAAUUACCUACUGAUAUUCCUUCUGAUAUUUUAAAAGCUCUGUCUGAUAAUGCGUUUGAUAGCGAUGAAACCAUCGCGAAGAUGCUCCAGAUGCAGUAUGAUAAGGAGUAUGAUGAUCAAUUGAAGAGAACGGAAGAAAAGUUUAAUGGGUCUUCGAAAGUGUCGAUAUCAUUUGAUAAUUAUAGAAGAGCUCCUCUCAAUGAGGAUUUCAUUAGUGAUUCGGAAGAAGAAGAAAUUGUAGAUGUCAGAGAUAGAAAAUUCUGGGAUCGAUUUGAAAGUUUAGAACGUGAAUUUGCUUCAAUACCACAGUGUGGUUAUAAAGUUCAACCAGAUGGACAGAUGGUAACAAAACAUGAUGUAGUAAUGAGUGGAAGGAAGAACGCUUGUAAGCUGUUGUCAUUUCCACCUGAAUUUCAAACAGGAGAUGGAGAAAAUUUUGAUUUGAAGUUAUCUAAUAAAGUUUUUAAUAGUUUAAAGAUGUACUCUAAGCAUGAACAGGCUAGAAGACACAAGGUGCAUGAUAAAAAAGAAGACCAAGCCACUGCUGAAUUUGGUGUGGAUGAGUUUACUCGUCUUCUACUGUAUAAGAUGAUCAACAAUCAACUUUUAGAAAGGGUUAAUGGUGUCAUUAGUAUAGGUAAAGAAGCAGUAAUUCUCCAUGCAGAUUCAGACCCUUCAUUCCCAUUUGACUCUAACUUACCAAAAGAAUGUGUGAUAAAAAUCUUUAAGACUACACUCUCUGAAUUCAAACAAAGGGAUAAGUACAUCAAGGAUGACCACAGAUUCAAGGACAGGAUAGGAAAACAAACUGCUAGGAAGACUGUAUAUAUUUGGGCUGAAAAGGAAAUGGCCAACUUGAUGAGACUUCAGAAAGCAGAAAUACCUUGCCCAAAAGUAGUGACACUUAAGAAUCAUUUGUUAGUGAUGUCUUUUAUAGGAGAAAACCACAGGCCUGCUCCAAAAUUGAAGGAUGCUGUCAUGUCAGAUGCUGAUUACAUAAUUGCUUAUGAACAGGUUACCGGAAAUAUGAAGGCUCUCUAUGACAAGGCAAAUUUAAUACAUGCUGAUCUAUCAGAAUAUAACAUCUUAUGGUACCAAGACCAAUGCUAUUUUAUUGAUGUCAGUCAAUCUGUAGAACCUAGCCAUGAAAAUGCAUUCCACUUUUUGUACAGAGAUUGUACGAAUGUGACAAAAUUCUUUUCAAAGAAGGAUGUACCAGAUGUUGCUACCCCUGACGAAUUAUUUACUUCCAUAACAGGCUGUGAUUUUAGAGACCAAAUUGCUCUCGCUAAUAUAAGAGAAUCCUUCAAAAUGAAACCACAUCUAGUUGAUAAACCCGGAAUAGAACUAAGUUACAAUUUUAACACUGCUUGGGAGAAAACGAAAGUAGGAGAAAUUUCUCCUGUAGUAUCGGAAGUAGAUUUGAGUAUUAAGAAGGUCAUAUCUGCUAUACCAGAUGAUAUUUCUUUGGUGGAACCACCUAAAGCGUAAUUUUUGAUUUGGUUUAGGGAGGAAAUAGAAAAAACAAAAAGGAAUUUACCAUCUAGACGUUGAUACAUAUUUUUAAAUAUUGUGUGAAUACUAGUUUGUUUUUUUUUUGCAAUAAAAGGGAUUUUAACAAUUUA